AUGACAAAAAUAACGACCAAAGAAUUUCCUGAAUUUGAUAAAAAACUAAAUGAACUACUUGAAAGAAAACCGCCUGGGACUAGUGCUUCAAAAAUAAAAGACCUAACUAAAAUAGCUCUUAAUACCCCAAAGCAAUACAAAAAUAUUGUAUACAGUAUACAAAAAUUCAUUCAAAGAUGUCCAUCUGAUUACAAAUUGGGAGCAUUAUAUGUGUUAGAUUCAAUAUCACAAUCAGCUCUCAAAAAAAAGGUAUUGGUAAUGUCAAAAAAAGUUGAUGACAUCUCAUCAAACACAAACACAUCUCAAUCAUCUUCACCAUCAUGGACAGGCAUAGAAUAUCUUGAUAGAUUUGAGAAACUAUUGGAGGAAAUGUUCACCCAUAUAAUGCAAUGUCCAGAACAUGAUAAGGACAAAGUGGAGCGUGUGCUUGACCUAUGGUAUGACAAAGAAGUUUAUAACAAUGAGGUUAUUCAAAGGAUAAAAGACAUCUAUUUUAAUCAAAUCACUCUGAUCACUCAAUUGGUUAACAGUGUUAAUGAGACAAAAUCAGUAAUUGUUUCUUCUUCUAAUAAUGAUCCUAAAAAUAUGAAUCCCACAACAAUGGAUUCCUCAGCAUUAUUGGCCACUUUAAAUAAUCUUACACAGGGAACUUUAAACAUACCCUCUUUUCUAUCAUCUAACCCAAUAAUAUCAAAUACAUCAAUGCAACCUAAUGCACCAUGGAACUCAAAUUCUUCACAACAACCAAAUGUUCCUUUUAUAACACCUCUUGGAUAUAAUGGUCCACCAACAUCUGUCCCACCAGUAUCACAACCUGUUUAUUCAUUACCACCACCCGCUGCUACUAAUGCUUCUGCUACGAGUAAUAUUACUGGUGCUGCUGGUCCUAAUCCACCUCAACAGCAGCCUGGUCAACUAUCUCCCUCAGGUGUUCCAUUAAUAGCAGGAUCAAUUCAACCAACUUCUCAAAUUUCAACAUUUACUCCAAUUGCUCCAGUUACUCAAACAGUAACAUAUCAAUCAUCUCCACAACAAACACCAAUACCACAAGACAUAUGUCUUGUAUAUGAAGAUCAAAGUGUUGGAAUGAAAUAUAUCAAAGAAUAUCAAACUCAUCACCUUACACAAGCAAAAGCUGCUGAAAAUGAAAAAAUCAUGAAGGCUUUGGGGAUAGACUCGGGUACUUAUAUUGAAGGCGCCGCCUUUGAUAAAGAAUUACAAGAACAAAAAAAACUUGAACGUAUUAAACAAAAAGAAUUAGAAAUAGAAGAGCGCAAAAAAAUAAGAGAUGAACGACAAAAAAGACUUGAAAAAAGCGAGCGUGAACGGGACGACAAAAGAAAUCAUGACUAUUCUACACAAUUACGAAGAGAUAAGCAUGAGGAAAGAGAAUCUAGAUCUGCCGAGAAGCCGAGAAACCGAGAAACACUUAUUGUGUUUUGGUAG